AUGGAAGGAGAGAAAGAAGAGAACCUGGCGAAGCUCAUUAUUAACUUCUCGGCAAAUACACGAAAAACCGCCAAGCAGAAACAAACACGGGGCUAUUUGAUUGCGCGUAAACGACUCCUAGAUGAUUAUUGGGCCAAAUUUAUCGCGGCACACGAGGAAGCUUUGCAAUUAGCCAUAGCAGCGAAGGACACCGCGUCUAAGACACAGUUGGACGAUAGCCGUUUCGCAGAAAUCGAAGGCGCCUAUUGUGAGGCACUAGGGGAGUUGGAAGACGCACUCCAUAAUCAGUUACCAAGCCCAUCUGGGACGGCGGAAAGCGUAUCCACAAAGACGACAACAAAGGUGCCGAAAAUCGAGCUGCCAAAGUUCGACGGAACUUUUGCAACAUGGUUAUCUUUCAAGGACAUGUUCUCCACGUGUGUUAUCAAUGACGUGACCUUAUCUGAUGUCCAGCGAUUGCAUUAUUUGAAAGGCUGCCUAUCGGGAGACGCCGAAGUGCUCCUGCGAAAUUUGCUAGUUAUUGACAGCAAUUUCAAGGUUGCUUGGGAUAUACUUCAGCAAAGGUUCGAUAACAAAAGACGACUUCUGCGCGCCUAUUUGCACAACAUCGUAAAACUGCCUAGCGCAUCAGCUGAAUGCUCAACAGCAAUACGGAAACUUAUGGACGGGGUCAUAGAGUCCGAGCGUGCACUGACGCAGCUUGGUAGACCCACGGAGAAGUUUGACGAUUGGCUGGUGUAUCUGAUCACCGAAAAGCUAGAUACAGAAACUCUUAAACAAUGGGAGUUGUCCCUAGACUCGGCCAACCACAUCCCAACAUAUAAGGAAUUAGUACAGUUCUUGGAGAAGCGCAUUGUGGGUUUGGAAGCAGCUUCAAAUCAGAAGACAAAAGACAACGGUCCUAAGCCGGUGCGCCAUCAAUCCAUCCGCUGCCAUCAAGCCAACUAUCUACCAUACCCCUGCUGUGCAGGAAAGCAUAUACUGAUGUUCUGCUCAGAAUUUAAGGCCCAAUCUCCAACGCAUAGAUUACAAACAGUUAUGGCAAAGGGUCUAUGCAAGAAUUGCCUGAAGAGCGAUCACAUGCAAAACAGAUGUCCGUCGUCAUUCUCAUGCAAGCGAUGUAACUCAAAGCACCACACGAUGCUGCAUGAUAGUGUCCAACCGAGAACAGUCGACUCGGUUGCGUCAAAUCACGUGCGUGCCACUACACCCAUUACUUAUACAUUAACACAAAAGCGGUCACGAUCUUCAACACUACUUGCCACCGCCCAAGUAAGUGUUGUCUCGCCUUCUGGUCGCGCGUUCACACUCAGAGCUCUUCUUGGUAGCGGCUCCCAAGCCACAUUCAUCAGCGAAUUCGCUGCUCAGAAAUUGAGACUCCCGCGGCUUCGCAUUCGAGUACCUGUUACUGGAGUCGGGGGAGCACAGGUUGGCAAAUCCACCGGGACUGUUGACUUCAUAAUGCGCUCGCUUGUAAAUAGUAAAUUCUCGUUGACCUGUUCAGCUCUAACUCUACCAAGUCUUGGUCACCUCUUGCCUACAACGCGUGUUAAAUACAAUGUGCUCCGAGACUUUGCUGACCUGGAAUUGGCAGACCCACAAUAUAACAAUCCAGGCUCUAUCGACUUAAUCCUGGGGGCAGAUGUAUAUAGUGUGUUGCUGAUACCAGAGAUCAAACAAUUGCCCGGAGGCUCCGCCAUCGCGCAAAGAACCCAUUUAGGAUGGGUAAUAUUUGGAAAGGUGCCGGACCAAAUAAUCCCACUGGAGCGAACGACGUUCUGCGCUGCCACCUCCGUGGAGCUCAACGAGUUGGUUAAGCUAAUGUGGCAAUUCAACAAGCAAGAUGAUCUUUCAACGUCGGCUCCAAUGAGUCAAGAUGAGGCUGAAUGUGAGUCCUUUUUUGAGAGCACGGUUAAGCGCACCAGUUGCGGUCGUUACAUCGUAAAAUAUCCUUUAAAAGAUGGAGUCGAUUUAAAUAAACUAAAGAAUUCCAAGGGGGACGCGUCCAGGUUAUUUAAUUAUCAACAAAAACGCUUAGAAAAGGAUUCGACGUUGAAACAACUUUAUGAAUCGUUUAUGGAUGAGUACCUCCGCCUCGAGCACAUGGAGCCCGUCUCCGAACACUGUGACCCGCAACAAUUUUGCUACAUACCCCAUCAUGGGGUUUACAAAGAAUCUAGUUCUACUACGAAGUUAAGAAUCGUUUUCAAUGCGUCGUAUCGGAAUAAGUCAGGAGUAUCGUUGAAUGAUUGCUUGCAUGUAGGCCCUAAACUACAAAAUGACCUGGCGUCGGUUAUCCUGAAGUGGCGAACUUACCGCAUAGGGUUUAUGGCAGACAUUGAGAAGUGUUAUCGCCAAAUAUUGGUUGACCCUGAGGACACUGACUUGCAGCGAAUUGUAUGGUUAAACGAGAUGGGAGAUCCGACGGUUUAUCGUCUACGUACAGUGACUUAUGGCCUAAACUGUUCGCCGUAUCUUACAAUAAAAGUUCUUCAUUCGUUGGCCAAAGAUGAAGGUGAUUCUUUCCCACAGGCAGCCCAGGUACUAAAGCAUUCCUUUUACAUGGACGAUUGUCUGCAUGGCGCGGAUGACUCUCAAAGUGCGAUACGUCUUCAAAAGGAACUACAGCUCCUGUUGGAAAGAGGAGGGUUCACUCUGCGGAAGUGGAACUCGAACUCAAUAGAUUUCCUGCAUAGCAUCGAAGGUGAACAAAUUGAUGACGAACAUAGAUGUAACUUUGAUCAACAUCAGGAAGUGAAAGCAUUGGGUCUUUAUUGGAUCGCCUCGUCCGAUGAGUUCAUCUACAAGGUCAAUAUGACUGAGCUCUCUGGUCCUAUUACCAAGCGUCAACAACUCGCGGAUGUUGCUAAGAUAUAUGACUCUCCUGGCUGGGUCGCACCUAUUGUUAUAACAGGUAAAAUAAUCUGCCAACAAUUGUGGGUCACUGGCUGCAACUGGGACGAUGUCAUUCCAGAACCUUAUCAGACGCAGUGGAGAAAUUUUCGAAACGAGAUACGAGAAGUAGAAGCCAUUAAAGUGCCAAGAUGGGUGCAUACUGCGCCAAACGCUAUUUCGUAUCAACUCCACGUUUUCGCGGAUGCAUCAGCGGUUGCUUAUGCGGCGAUAACCUAUCUCCGCGUCAUUGCUGCUGACGAAUCAGUGAAGGUGUCGAUAUUAACGGCCAAAACCAAGGUGGCUCCGCUGAAAAAAAUAACCAUACCUUGUCUGGAGUUAAAUGGGGCAUUGUUGGCUGCGAAGCUUGCUCAUAAAGUGCAGGAUUCUCUUAACCACCUGUCAAUGCAAACCUUUUUUUUGGUCUGA